AUGAACACAUCGACAAAUCAGAAAAAGAAGAAACCAGGUGAUGGACCAAAUCUUUUAUUUCAAAACUGGAUAAAAGAAGCUAUGGAAAAUGCAUUCGCAAAAGAUGCUAAGUCAUACUAUGCUUACAGAAAGGCUCUUUCUUCCCUGAAAAAGUAUCCAUUAUUAUUACAAAGUGGAAAAGAAUGCAAAAUUUUAGAAGGUUUUGGAUCAAAAUUGUGUGAUCUUCUAGAUGAAAAGUUAAUGCGAUAUGCUGAAGAUCUACAACUAACAGUAAUCGAAGCAUUACAUCAUGGUAAUAGAAGUUUGAAAGCGUCGUUGUCAUUAACAAAGACAACAGGAACAGCAACCUGUAGAACAAAUCCAGUUGAAAUCAAAAAAGAAGUCCUUUCAAAUCAACCAAACCCUAUUUCUACCAAUGGUAAUUCCUGUCCCCCGACUUCUAUUGAAUUCGCCAAUACUACUCAUGAAGUUACCUGUCAGAUAAUGAACAAUCAACACCUGGUCUCAGAAGAUCCCGUCUUACAAAAGAAGAUUAUAGAUGUAAUCAAAAGUUCAAAAAAUCCACAAGGUUGUAGUAUGUGUGAACUUUCAGCAUGUCUUCGAAGUCAAGAACCAACUGACCCACAUUUACUCUUAUCUGAGCUCAGUAAGUUAAUGGACAAGAAACUUGUUCAGUAUGCUACCGAUUCUCGGGGAAGGUUUAAGCUAACAGACGGUGAACUAGACUUUCCUAAUUCUUUACAUUCUGAAUCAGAGGUAUCAAAUGACGGAACUGAUUAUACCAGUGAAACGUCGUUGGAUACAAAAUCUCAAACAGGUUACUCGUUACUUAAGUCACCAGUUCACGAAAUCCCCGACUUAUCUUAUAAGAUAAGCUCCUAUCCUUUGAGUUUUACGUAUGUGGAUGAACAUAAUAAUCCUGUACAAGCUCAGGUGAAUGCUGAACAACGUGAAUAUAUUUUAGAUGGAAAUAAGUUAUCUGGCUAUCGUAUACGCUGUAUUUAUGAAGAUUUAAUUAUUUCUGGUGUUUCCUAUCGCAUAGAUUGGAGUAGAUCAGGAUGUAUAGAAGAUGAUGUAUCGUAUACAUAUGCUUAUUUACUUGACCCAAAUGCUCCAAAAUUUUCUACUAAUCCAAUAUCAAGCAUAAUAUCUGUAAACAAAGUCAAUGAUGACAAUACAGAAGAUCUACAGAAUAUAAAGGAAUCAAUGAAUGUCAAGACUGAAACUACAGUAUCUACCAACUUUACAUUUAAACCUCUGUUAAAAAUUAAUUCAGUACAUCAAAUGACUGGAAUUAAACGGAGCAAAUCUCAAGAAUCGGGCUCUUGUGUUGAGCAGAGGAAAAAACUAAACCGAAAUUGUACAACCUCUUUACUUCCUGAAGCAAGAAUAAAACCAAAAUCUCCAACUCAAUUACAACCAAUCUUAACUCAUCAGGUGAUACAAACAUGCACGUCUCAGGUUGCUGAGCAGAUUAUCGACUUUAAUAACCAUCCUUCAGAAUCUUCUGAUGCAUCUUCUUUGAGCGCACAACCUACCAGCGCAGUGAAUCCGACAAACUGUGUGAGUAUGGAUCUUCAAACACAUAAAACAUCUACAUUAUCUUCUCAUCAUAUUAUUCCAGGUGGUUCUUAUGAGAUUAUUCUCUUGGCAGAUGUUCGUGAAAAUUUCGGGUCAAAUAAAGUUAGGCAAAUGCUUCCAACUGUCUUUCAAAAAUAUGAUAUAAAGUGUGAAUCGAGAGCACUCCCUAUUGGAGACUUUCUGUGGAUUGCACGUUGGAGAGAUGAGUCAGAUUCUUUGAUGGAAGCCGUACUGGAUCAAAUUGUUGAACGUAAACGAAUGGAUGAUUUAGCACAUAGUAUUGUUGAUGGACGAUUUAGAGAACAAAAGUAUCGUUUAAAACGUACAGGUUUAUUACAUCCAAUUUAUUUAAUUGAGGAAUGUUCAAUGAUGCAUAAUCAAAAGGUGUCUUAUGAUACUUUGAUACAAGCGAUUUCAAAUACACAAGUAAUCGAUGGUUUCCAAGUAAUGACAACUAGAGGUCCUGAGGAUACUGUUGAUCUACUUGCUUCGCUUUCUCGAAAGCUUCAGUCACGUACUGCAAAUGAUUUGUAUAUCAACCAUAAAGGAAAUAAUAUGCAUUACAGGUCACCUAUAGUUAAUGCGAUGGCUUGGUGUGAAUUUGUUAAACUGGCAAAUAAGUCUCCCGACCCAACUAUACGCGAUGUUUUCGCAAAGCACUUACUACAGAUUCCUGGGUGUUCUGGACCGAAAAUCACAUCAAUUUUAGAAACAUAUCCAACUCCAUCCAGUUUAAUGGAUGCAUAUGAUAAACAACUUACAGUGUUAGAGAAGGAUAAUAUGUUGGCCAAUUUAAAACCAUCAGACGGAAACCGAUGUUUUGGAACAGCGUUUAGUCGACAUAUCUCCCUGGCAUAUAACACAAUAUAACUAUUACUUUGUACAAAUUUUUGUUGCUGUAAAUAUAUUUAUGUAUUUUUGAGAUGAAUGGGGAUUUUUUAAUUUACAGGCAGUAUUCAUCACGAACUGACAUCAGUUGGGGAACCAUUGAGAAUCUGGGAACACUGGAUAGUUACUCCGUCCUAGUAUGGGACUCCUCGGUAGUACACACCCAUGACCCGGCUCCCCAGGGAUCGAACCCAGGACCUUCAGGUUUCACAGCGAAUGCGUUAACAACUCAGCCACUGGUCGGUUUUCACAGUUUCCAACUUCUGUCAAUUCACGAUAUAGCGCGACCAUCACCUAAGGUUUUAAGUUGGCAUCCGCUUCCCUUCUGACUAGUUGAUCCCAUAGGUUACG